AGAGUGUGAAGCUGAAAGCAUUUCUGAUUGGGCUUUUGAUGAAAAUUGUCUGUUCUGUUGCUUGAGAAGAGAUAAAGUAAAGAUGCCUGCAGGAUGGUUGCCAUUUUCCUUCAGCUUAUGAAGUUGCAGGUCUGCUUCGUUAAGAAGCUAAGAAAAUGUGUGUAUGUGGGGGACUGCUGGAAUACUUACCAUUUGAUAGGGAUUGUAUUAAACAUUUAAUUGUUUGGAAUAUUAACAACUUAAUACUAAGUAUUUGUCUUUUUUUUUUUUUAAAAAAAAGGAUUUACUUACUUUCAGUAGUAAAACCAACAACUGUACAUUACCCUCAUUACACAAAAGCACCAGCCAGGGGGAGAUAAAGGCACUGAUGGUGCUCAGUCAUGGAUCUAGUAUUCAUAUGAGAAGCCCUUGAUCAGCGGGCAGCUGGCUGAAGAUCUCUAUUUUAACACUAAUGGCAAGAGUCUUAAGACUCUUUUAGUUUGGUUUGGUGUUUUUCAAGACAGGGGUUCUCUAUGAAACAAUCCUGGCUGUUCUAUAACUUGCUUUUAGACCAGGCUGGCCUCAAACUCACUGAGAUUCACCUGCCUCUAAAGUGCUGGGACUAAGACGUGUGCCACCGCUGCCUGACUGUCUUACUACUCUUCACAGAUGUUCCUAGAGACUUUAUCCGAUCAUGGAGUUUUCAGUUUCUUAUUUUUAAAAAUAUUUAUGUUAAUGUCUCUACCUCUCUGAAAUCCUAAUUCUUGUAGAGUCAUUUGUGUUGAACCAUUACUUCCUUGUGUUUCAGUUCUUCACAUACUCUCUUUUCAGAUGUAUUAAACAAUCCCUCCCAAAUUAAAAAGAGCUUCAGUGUAUUUCAGCCUUUAAACCUGGUUGAUUUCCUACUCAUUAACUUGGUAGUCUGCUUAUCCAAACUGAAGAUAGCAUUUAUAUACAAUACAGCAAAAAAUGUAUUUACUUUGUUUAUAUAAAGAACAGUAAUUUAAGAUUCUCUCUUAGAUAAUUGACCUUAAAGUAUAUGAACAUUUAAAGUGGUGGAGCCGUUUUAUCUAGGACUUGCUGGCAUUUAAAAUAAUCAGAUGAAGGAAAUUGGCAUUUAAAUCAGUGAAUUGCAUCUUGUCAGCUCUUUUUAGCUUAUUACUUAAAAUGUCAGGAAGCCGUGGGUAACAGGCAUGGCUGUAGCUAUGGAAUCAUAACCCCAGAAGACUGUUCUAACAUAAUUACUACACCACUUGUGUAUAUACACUUGCUUUUAUUGCCUAGGUUUUUGUAGUGUGCCCUGUGGUAUGAAAUCGUAACAGUUGCACCUGCAUUUAGAUAAUAAGGCACAUAGUAGGUAUGUAUUUAGGUAGGAGUAGCUUUCAAAAGUCAUCCUUUCACUUUUGUGUUACACUGGGGGAACCCGGGCUGCUUUAUUCUUCUACAUGAAACCUAUCAUUUGAUUUUCCAUUUCCUUUUCUUUCAUUCCCUCGAGAAAAUAAGAAGCCAUUUAAGCUUCUCUCUCCAGUCUUACCUCCCCAGAUGUAGGGUGACAAAUGUUAGACUUAUAAAAGAAAUGGUAAGAAAUGUUCGACCUUACUAUUUAAAAUUUAACUUUAUUAACAGUUUAUUGCUGUGAGUGCUGACUUCCAUGCUGAUAUAAGUUUCUUGCAUUGUUUAUUCAGUGACACCUUUGCUAUUCCAGGGACCCCUGGGGCUAUAUUUGUUUUAAAUCUGGGAGAAGUUUCACCUUUCUAUCAGGUCAACAAAAUGUGCUCUGUCACUAAGUCUUGCCCAAGUUAAAAGAAGAGACUGUAUAUGCAACAGAACUUGCAUGUGCCUGUAAGACCUUAAAGUAUUUACUAUGUGACCCUUAACAGAACACUUCUUACCUUCAGUGGAACAUUUACUCCAGUGACACAUUUGGAACCUAGUAUCUUUACUACCCUGAAACUAAUUUUCAGUCGUCUUUCAAAAUUGAGGUAAUAGUUUAUACAGUAAAGCUAAUUCAAAGAGUAGGGUUAGUUGAUUUUGGUAAAAGUUAUAUAUAUAUAUCCCACCAGCUUCGUGACAGUUCCACUUAUCCUGAUGUUUUUCCCCUUGCUCCUUUGUAGUUAGUCCCUUCCCCAGACUUCCAGACUUGUGUAAUCACUAGAGUUUUAUCUUUCCUAGAACUAUGUAUGAUCCUGCAUUUUCAAGACCCCUAAUUGUUUUUAUGUAUAAUGUUCUGUUCCUUUUUAUUUUAUUGUAGUUUUCCUUAGCAUAGACAUGGCACAGUUUAGCUCAUCGUUUCUUUGUAACAUAUUUUAUGUAUAUGAGUGUCUGUCCUGCAUGUAUGUGUGUGUAACACAUGUGUGCCUAGUGACUGCAGGGGUCCAAAGAAAGUAUCAGAUACCCUGGAACUGGAGUUACAGACUGUUGUGAGCUGCCAUAUGAUGCUUGGAACUCAGCCUUCAUUCUCCGCAAGAACAGGACACUUAGUCGGUCUGGAUGAGCCAGCUUCCGGAGCUGGGCAAGAAGCUUUGCUUAAACAAGAGCACGCAAAAGUCACUCGACUCCAGAGACAAGCAGAAGAGUUCCUCAAUGCAGUCUUUUAUAGAAAAGACAGUCCCUGGGUCUCCGGCCCCAAAAUUCCCCUAGUGGCCCGUGAGAUCAUGCAGCGAAUGAUCCAACAAUUUGCUGCUGAAUAUACCUCAAAAAAUAGCUCUACUCAGGACCCCAGCCAGCCCAAUAGCACAAAGAACCAAAGCCUGCCGAAAGCAUCUCCAGUCACCACCUCUCCCACGGCUGCAACUACUCAGAACCCCGUGCUCAGCAAACUUCUCAUGGCUGACCAAGACUCACCUCUGGACCUUACUGUCAGAAAGUCUCAGUCAGAACCUAGUGAACAAGACGGUGUACUUGAUUUAUCUACUAAGAAAAGCCCAUGUGCUAGCAGCACUUCCCUGAGCCAUUCUUCAGGCUGCUCCAGUACUCAAGGGAACGGUAAGAAUUCAACAGAGGCAUCAGCAGUUGAUUCUAACCAUCCAUCGAAGCCCCCACUGGAGAAGUUUAUGGUCAAACUGUGCACACAUCAUCAGAAGCAAUUCAUUCGUGUCCUGAGUGACCUAUACACUGAAUCUCAGCCAGGUACUGAGGACCUGCAGCCUUUAGAUUCCACAGUGAUGGAUGUCUCCACUUGCAAUGCAGAUUGUGCCCAGCUGAGCUGCAGACAAGAUGAAACGGAUGAUGUGUGUCUCGAUGGGAAGUCUCCUGCUUCUGUAAAUUUGUUCUUAGACUCCUCGGGUUCUCCUAGCUCUCUGAGUGUGACUGAACAAACCAUGAAGGAACCACCUCCUGAGACAGACUCUGUAGAUGGAAUAGAGAAUGCCUUGACCAUUGUCCACAAAGAUUCCUCUGAACUUCCAGACAUUCAACCUAACUCCAGAAGAUCAGCAGACAGUCCCGCUGUGGAAUGCCUCACUACAUUGGAUUCUUCCUCUUUUAACUCCCUCCACAGUUCCAAAAGCUUAGAGGGGCAAACCACUGGACAGGAACAAGACAUCAGCAUGAAACCCUGUGAGGAUGGUGAAGACCAUGCCCCAGCCUCAGUCGAAAGUCUGACUGCAGUGGAUGUGGCAGCUGAGAAUACUGAAGAAGGUGGUAGCUGUAUUGUUUCUCAAAGAAACUCAUUCAAAGCUUUAUCAGAAGAGAAAUGGGACUCAGGGUUUAUGGGAAACUCAUCUAGUACUGCAGACAAAGAGAAUACUUUACAGUGUGGCUCAAAAACAUCCUUACACCAGGAUUUAGAGGCAGAUGAACAAGAUGCAAGGCCAAAGCAAGAGAACCAUCUUCAUUCACUAGGUAGAAACAAGGUGGGUUACCAGACAUACCCCAGCGACCAGAGCCAUUUUGAUCAUUCCAAAGGUGAUUGGUUAGCUCCCAGCCCCACACCAGCUGUACACAGAGCACCCAAUGGUCACUCUCGAACCAAGAUGAUAACAGCCUCCAUCAAGACUGCUCGGAAGAGUAAGAGGGCAUCAGGCUUGAGGAUAAAUGAUUAUGACAACCAGUGUGAUGUUGUUUAUAUCAGUCAACCAAUAACAGAAUGCCACUUUGAAAAUCAAAGAUCCAUAUUGUCUUCUCGGAAAACAGCCCGAAAGAGUACCCGGGGAUACUUUUUUAAUGGUGAUUGUUGUGAAUUGCCAACUGUUCGCACACUGGCCAGAAAUUUACGCUCCCAAGAAAAGGGAAGCUGCUCACCGAUAGCACCAGAGGUAGUGGUGACUCCCAAGCAGACUCUUACACUUCCCACCUCAAAGCACAUAGUAGGUGUGCAGCAUCCAACAGUAGAUGUGCAGCUUCCUACAGUAGGUGUGCAGCAUCCAACUGCAGAUAUACAGCUUCCCACAGUAGGUGUGCAGCAUCCAACAGUAGAUGUGCAGCUUCCCACAGUAGGUGUGCAGCAUCCAACAGUAGAUCUGCAGCUUCCCACAGUAGGUGUGCAGCAUCCAACUGCAGAUGUACAGCUUCCAACUGCAGAUGUACAGCUUUCCACAGUAGGAAUGCAACUUCUGCAAGAAGAUACCCCUGACGAUCCUGGGAAGGAACGAACCUCCCUUGAGGAAGGAGACAAAGACAUGUCAUCAGCAAAAGAGUACCAGGAGCCAGAGGUUUGCCUUACUGUGAAUGAACAGGAUCCUAGCAGCUCCCCUACUCCAGGAGAGACCACAGCCUGUAGCCCAGCAUGUCUUCUGCCUGCACCCCUCCCUGAUGAGGAUAUGCCUAAUGUUCCAGAAGGCAGCAUUGCGGUCUCACCUCCAACAGCAAGUGUACUAUCUUUCCUUGAGCAAGACCAGCCACCAGCUUCUCCUCUGGAGUCAGAGGAAAUGCAUACACUCCAGGAGUGUCACCUGACUCCCACAACCGGAAGCUCCCCCUUCAUCUCUGGGGAAGACAGUGAAGACCAGCUAUGUAGACCUCAGUCUUCUCCUGAAACAGUCAUCAGAGAAGAGCAUUCUCUGUGCUCAGAAAAUGAAAGUCCUGCUGUGGGUCUCGAUCCUCCCCUGAGUCUAGAACUGUCUGAGCAUGACCAAAGCAUCAGUACUGAGGCUGAGACUGGAGCUAUCCCUGGGGAGGCGCUGUUGCUAGAAGCCGCCCCGCCCCUCCUGGAAAGCAGCAUUGUCAGUGAUGAGAACCCGGGUGAGACCGAGGGAGGUGAGGCAGCCAGUGGAACUGGACAGCUAGAAAUACACCGUGAUAGAAAACACUCAUCAGAACAGGAUCUGAGUGAGGCAAACUUGGAUUCUCCCGAAGAGAAUGUGGACAAGAAGAAAAAGGGUAAAAAGCUCCCUGAGGCCUCUGAUAGAUGCCUAAGAAGUCAACUUGUAGAUUCAUCUUCUGCUGACAGGUGCCCAGGAAGCCAAGGUUUAGAUUCAUCCACUGCUUGUUCUGAAAUGAAGGUUUCUAAAAAUCCUGCCGUAAAGCAUUCUAAAAGAGAAGGGCGCUCUGGUAGGGCAACCCCCGAGGGCUCAGUGAUUGACAGCAUCCAUACAGAUGAUCUGGAGGACACCGAAAACCCCAGUGUCGGUGAACGUUCCUCUGAUGAAGAUACCACGCAGGAAGGUGAAGGAGUUGGAGUCAUCACAAGGCAGACUUUUAAAAGCAUGCUGGCAAAGGAAGUUAAAAGAGAAGAAGGGGAGACUUCCCCAAGCAGUGACCCCACCACAGUUGGCCAGCCACUGCCUGGGAAGAACCUGGAAAUUAAUGUCUGGUCCAAAAUAGAUGAGAGAGAUGCACAUGUGCCCUCGGAAAGCAUUCCUUAUAAGAGGGACCCGGAGCAGGUAAAAGAGAAGCCAGGACACAUUGCCACACAGGAUGUGGAAGCCUCUGUGAGUGAGGUAGACGUUGAGGAUACCCACUCUAAAGAUGAUGCUGGCCUUCCUUCAUCUAGCUUAGCUGGGAUAUCAGCCAGUCAGAAUGGUGAUCCUGCUGGGCCAUCAAAACUGGUACUAAGACCUAAGAGAUUGCCUUCUUCAACUUACAACCUGAGACACGCUCAUUGUGUGGAUGCCUUGGACACUACAAAAGUGACUUCUGAAAAGCAAGUCACACCAGUCAGCCCAGCACCAAAGGAAAGUGAAGCUUCUGAGAGUGUGGAGCCCUUGGAUGAGGACGAUGCAGACACGGUGGUGGAAGAGCAGCCCAAGUUCGUGGGAUGGUGUGCAGAGGAGGAGAACCAGGAGCUGAUCGCCAACUUCAACGCCCAGUACCUGAAAGUUCAGAAAGGCUGGAUCCAGUUGGAGAAAGAAGCACAGCCAACGGCAAGAGCAAAGAGCAAGUCGGACAAGCUGAAGGAGAUUUGGAAGAGCAAGAAGAGGUCACGGAAGUGCAGGGGCUCAUUGGAGGUGCAAAAGUUUUCUCCUGUUCAGAUGCUGUUUAUGACAAACUUCAAACUGUCUAACAUCUGUAAGUGGUUCUUAGAGACAACAGAAACUCGGUCUCUGGUCAUUGUGAAGAAACUAAAUACUCGUCUUCCAGGAGACAUCCCCCUUGUUAAACACCCUCUUCAGAAGUACCCUCCUGCCACCCUGUACCCCAGUUCACUACAGGCAGAACGCUUGAAAAAACACUUAAAGAAAUUUCCCGGAGCCAUUCCUGCUAGGAAUAAUUGGAAACCACAGAAGCUGUGGGCUAAACUUCGAGAGAACCCUGGCCAGGUGGAGCCAGAGGCUGCCAGUGACAGCAGCCUCGGCCCUAACGGUGAAGACACUGUAGAGGAAGUCAGGGAAGGUAGAAAUAGCCAUCCUCCCGCCAACCUGCCUACUCCAGCCAGCACCCGGAUCCUUAGAAAGUAUUCCAGUAUUCGAGGAAAGCUCAGAGCCCAGCGCCUGGACAGCUCACUGGGCGGACCCUCCGAAGUUAAGCAGGGCCGCAAGAGCGUGUGCAUCAACCCGCUGAUGUCUCCCAAGCUGGCCCUCCGGGUGGGUGCAGAUGGCUUUCCUGUCACCCCCAAGAGGGCUGAAGGACGCAAGAGGAAAAGAGGGAAGCAGAUGCCUGAAACCUUGCUUAAAGUGGAAGGUCAGAACAAGCGCAAAAGAGCAGAAGGCUGCGGAACUCAGGAUGAUAGGGACAAGGGGCCAGCAACAAAAGCCAGCAGAGGCCUUUCUGCCAAGAAGCUAGCUGCAAAGGACAGAGUCAGCCAACUAUCCAAGAAGAUGACCUUGAAAGAGAAUAAAGUGAGAAUCUGUAAAAAGGCUCCCGGGAAGAGCUGCCCACCAUCCAGGAAAGAAAAAGAGAAUGCGGACAAAAGGCCUAGCCAUCCUGCUGCAGCCUCUGAAGCGCUGACAAAGCCUGCCAAGCAAAAGGGGGCAGGAGAUGCCUCUACAAAGCCCCCCAAAGCCAGAGGGAGAAGCAGGAAGCUGAGCAGUGGCAGGGGCCGAGCUAGACCCUUGACAAAAAGCCCAGAGACCCAAGCUGCCCAGAGAAAGAGAAAGCUCAAGGCCAAACUGGACUCUUCACAGAGCAAACGUCGACGCUUAGAUUCCAAGUGAGAGCUGGAUGGCCCCGAGAGAGGCUGGCCUCUACAAAAAACCUUUAUCUCGCAUUAACAAAAUCUGCUUUUAUAAGCUUGUUAAGCCUUUCACGUUGCAGUUACAGAGAACACCAGUUUGAGAUGUCAGAAAAUGCAUCUCAGCUAGAGACGGGAACUUGAAGAGAGAGUCCUUCUCCAUGGCUAAGGGAAGUUGUACAUUAUAUUCUGGUUGUUCCUUGGGUUUUAAACUUGGAAACAAGCAGUUUUUGUUUUAAGAAGUACAGUGCCUUAUUUAUCAUUUUUGUUUAAAAUUUGACAAAAGCUGAGAAGCUGAUGUAUGUGACUAAAGGCUUGUAUUUUAUACUUGACGCACAAGCACUUGCUCUGUCACUGAGGAGGCCACCGCUGCGCAUGCGUGAGCGAGUGAGGAGCCGGCAGCAGCUGCCUGUGCGCCCCUGGACAGGUGCACCUUGCAGACCGCAGCACAACUCCCCUUCCUGUCUGUCUGGUUUUUAUUUGAGUGAUAUUUGAAAGCUGAACCAAAUCAUUUCUAUGGUAUGUGGAGAAUGCAGGGGAUUUAUAAUUAUUAUAAGAGAUUAAUGUUUCUGUUUCCUUCUAAAACUCAUAUUAUCACCCCUUCAUCUUUUUUUAAAAUCAUUUCAGAUCAUGUUCUCUAAUUUGUGUGCCCAUGGGACAAAAGAUGUGCUAGAAACACCCCCCACCCCCAAACUGUGUUACUACUAACACUUGUCAUCCUCCAGUUUGGGACCUUGCGAGCAUGGUAGUACUGCUCUGUGAGGUGUGUGUUCUAUUCUGUUGCAGCUUUUUGUAUAUGUUUUCAUCUUGCAGCUAUCAUUUGACCAUUAGGACGAGUGAUUCUUUGUUUCCAUUCUUAUGCAGAGUACUUCCCUAUGCAGUGAAAGUCAGCAUGUCUUUCCAGCAGUAGGAAAGCUUAGCUUUGUGCAUAUGCAUCUAGGUGUAUCUGCAUUUAGUUAGUGUCUCCUGGUACUACUUUCACAGGGAAAUUCUUUCUUUCCCAUACAGCGUAUCUGUAAGCUGAGAAAUUAGCAAUGGCCAGAUUGUUUGCUAGUAAUCCAGUGUCUCCAUGCACAUCCCUAAUACCACUUUCACAUCAGACUUGGAGAGCAGUGUCCUUGAAAGACUAGGACACCCAGGCAGCUGCAAGAAGCUGCCCAGAAUCUCAGUGGAGCCACACCCCCAUCCCCAGCUGAGUGAAGCUCAGCUGAGACUCUCUGAUGUGACUGUUCGUGCCUGGAGUAGGUGUCUGUCUGGAGUAGGCGUCUAUACCCAUUGAUAGUUCCAGCCUCGUGGCUAAAUGCUUGCAGUAUUGCCCCUCCCACACCGCUUCACUGAGCCGUGGCUCUGAAAUGAGAACUGCAAUAAUUGAAAGUGGUGAUGCUUGCCUUUCCUGGGUGGAGCCUAACACAGCCCCAUUGGCUUCACUCAAUGCUUGGGACAUUGCUCCAUUGUACCGUGUGUACUUGACAUUUCCAUUGGGCCAGUCAGCAAACCACUUGGUUGCUAAAGCCUCCGUCAGCUUUGACGUGUCCUGUCACCAAAAUAGGCUUGCGUGGACAGCUGCUGCCCUGUGCUUAUUAAAAGUUUCUACUUAGGUUGUUUCAGAUCUUUUUAGAUCAACCCAGAUGCACUUCUUUUAUAUGCAAAUCAUGAUAAAACAGGCCUUCUACCUAUUUUGCUAUUGUUAAAAGUUUGCUGCAGAUAAUGGAAACUUGUGAUAAUUGGGUAGGACUGGAGCAUUUGAUUCAUGAGAAAUUGAGAAUUGUGUUGAAUUUCACGGAUAAUGAAAGUUGUCGUUUCCUUGUUUUAAAUGUCCCCUCUGUCCCAUGAGCAUUCAUGGGCUUUCCCCUUCACUGCCUCCUCCCCCACCCCUUGCUUUCCCCACUCCCCAUUAUUCUUUUUAUUAUCUUUGACCUUGACCAUUCACAAGCUACCUAUCGUAAUGAGACUGCUGAGUGUGUGCUCGAAACUCUUUCUCAGCAUUAAGUUGCACAGAAGCAUUAAUAUGUUUUAAGUAGGUUCAUUUUAAUAUUUAAAAAAUGGUUUUAAGGCUUAAAAGAGCUUUUCCUAUAGUUCUCACUGGAUAUUGUUGUUGUAGUGACUUAAACAGCCAAGGCUUACUAAUGUGAGGUGUGUCAAUGCCUGUACACAGGAGGCGCCCUUGGCUGCCUGGUGACUCCCUUGUAAGGUGCUUGGGUUAGGUUAGAGGGAGGAGGGAGUGGUAAGUUGGUGGGACGCUUCCUGUUCCAGGUUCAUACUUCAUUCCAGUACUUUUCUGAUUGUGUUUUCAGUUUUAAAAGCGUCUUCAAGAUAGUAGCCUGCAUUUGAGGGAUCUGUGUGGAAGUGUUUGUUAUAUACCCAACACAACAGUGCAGUAGACAUCCUUAACAGCUUGCACUUGAUAGUAGUGACUACAUUUAUGUAAAUGGACAUUCUACAAAAUUUGGACAUUUAAGUUUUUUUAAUUGUUUCACAUUUAUUGAACUCACUUUUGAUGAUCUGGUUAAUUUUGUUAAUAGAAGAAGGGAAAAGAAUCAAAAUUUGACAGUAGUUCUAGACUUUUCUGCACCCAUAGCAGAUGCUGGGAAAUCAUCCCUUCAGCAUCUCCAUCCAGGCUUGGCCUUGACUCCAUUCCCUUUGUUUCCUUUCCUUCUGUAGCCAUUUUCAAAUACAACUUGCCAGCAUAUACAGUGCACUCUGCCCCGCAGUUUGACCCCGAGUCUGAAAGGCAUUCUGCUCCUGGCCCUGUGCUCAGUGUAGUGGCUGUCCUAAGGCUGGAGCUGAAGUCAAUGCCGCAGGACUGGUGUUCCCUCUGCUCAGGAUCUAGAAGAUGCCCAAGGAGCUAUCUGAGAAGCUCUGUGUAGCUUGCCUAGAGCGCAGCCUGCUUUGGGGACCCAUCUUCUGUCCUGUUAGACUCCCUAGUAUGGGCCUGCUGUCUCGCUGGGGUUCAGAGUCUCGCUCACCCAGGCACUUUCUCUGUUCUGGGAGCUUCCAGCAUAGGAAUGUUACCUGAGUCUAUUGAUCCAUAGUUGCUAGUUCCUGGGAGUCACUGGGUUUUGCUGUUUUUAUUUUUGUUGUUGUUUGGUAGUGGUGGGUUUCUUUAUUGAAAAUUUUACACUGUCUUAUUUAAACUACAGUCAAGCUAUGAGGUGUGUGCCUCAUCAUUCUGUAAUGGUUUAGAGAGAAGAGUCAUCCGUUUCCCCCAGGACCCUCUGAGCAUCACUCAGCCACAGGUGAAUUUCUCACUGUGCACAUAAGUCAUCAGCAAGCAUCACUUCAAGACAGAUGCUUUAUAUCAGGAUUUGGCCUGUUUCCAGCCUUGUGAUGGCUGCUGUAGUAAGUAAGAGCACAGCUGUCACUCAUUUAUGGGCAACAUUUCUAUUGAUUAGCAGGCCUGAGAGUCCCAUAGGAAAUGACACCAUGCAAACUGGAGAUUUUGUGGUGUUGCCAUCCGAAGUCUGUGCUUGUCAGAAUACCAGAAACAGACUGAAUAACCCAAGAAGCUGUCCGUAGCUGGAGAGCCACCUCCAUCCCUCUGGUUUUACCAGUGCAGACCUCCUCUUACUCACCUGUGAGCUGUUCCAGACAUGCAAAAUGUGGGCCGGCUGCUCAUGUGUAUAAAUAAAGUUUUAUUGUCAUAUAACUAUGCCCAUUUGCUUAUUGAUUAUCCAUGGAACAGUGGCCAUGAAGUCCACAAAGCCUAAAAUAGUUAAUAUUUAUAUCUUUGAAGAAGCCUGCUGACCCCUGCUUUAGAAAAUAAUCUUUUGGGAAUAGAUCUUCCCCAUUCCUCUUCUUGUGCCUCACACCCUCUGUCUCCCACGCUGCCCCCCAUCUCAGUUCCAUCUUUUAAGCGCAUUUCUGUGUUCUCUUGCUGUAAGAGAGGCAUGUCAUUGAGACAGUUUCAAAGUAACUCAGCUCUAUACAAGCAGUGUGUCUCCCUUUAAGUCCCUCCCCCGCCCCUCAGUGAAGCCACCACAGCCUACAGACCAGAAUACCUGAACAAGCUGCCUUUGGAGUUCGGAAGUCAUGUGGACUGUCCCAUGGUUCGCUCCCAUCGUUUCUAAUCAUAGAACUGCCCGUAGCUUCACUUGUUUACUAAAAUAAGCCAAGACUGACUGUGAUGGGAUUAGCUGUGCUUCUCUUGGACUUAAGAGUUCUCGGCGCCACAUGUAGUUGUGGGAAAGACAACCAAAGCACUCUUUAUAAUGGACUGCCAUUGAUCUGUUUUCAGUCACACACUUUCAGAAUAAAUUUACUAAAGACAAGCUAACAAUAGAAUGGUGGUUUUGAACUGCUAUAGAAAAGAAGGACAAAAAAAAAAAAAAAUUAGAGCACGUUUAACCUGAGUAUGACUAAGGAGUUACUGAUUGUAUCUUUAUAUCAAAUCCAGUCAGCUUCCAGAGUGUUAGUCCUCCCCUCCCUUCCCCCCAAAACUCAAAUAAAAGUUUCUAUUCUGCAUUCCAGAAUGAAGUUAAAUAUCACACCAAAUUUAAAAGAUGGGACCUUGUCUCCUAAUUAGUGGACAGCACUGAAAUUUGGACUCCGGGCCUGAUGUAAGCUAGGCAGACAUUCUACCACUGAGCUCUAUCCCUUGCCCAAUUAUUUUGAAUUUUUUUAUAUUUUCUUAUGACUUAUUAGCCACUGAAAUGCUAGAAUGCUUGAGAUAUAAAGUCACAUCUGUGUAUGUAAAGCAGUCCUCAUAUCCACGCAGCAGGUACUUUUCCCUGUGCUUGCUCCCAAAUCCUUUGCAAUGAAAAGAUACUUUUAGAAACUUAAAAACCAGCAGCACUUGGAAACUUGCCUUUUGAGACAGCUUUCAGAAUAAUUCAACUCUUGGAAAUUCUGAAGAGUCCUGUCACCUAUAAGGGAUGGAUGGUAAGGCCAGCCACUUCGCAGUACCCCAUUAUUCUACACACGAGUAUGAGCAGUGUGCAGAAGCUGCCCUUAUUCAUGCUUUUGUUUUUGGGUUUGAGCCGUUGCCUCCUCAUGGGAUUGUCCUCUCUCAGGCUCUAGGAUGGUGUCUUUCAGUACUCUGGACCCAGCCCUUCCUCUGGCAGACAGGCAGCUGCCCAGGCAUGUGUGCCAAGGAAGGAGACACUGAAGCUUUCACACCCUGUGGGCCCAUCCUGUCUGACGGGUGCAGUUUGUAAACCACUUGAAAGUCUAGACUGCCUGCCUGAAGAGCAUCUGGGUGCCCAUGGUAUUAGAAUACACCAGAGGUUUGAUGAAUGGAUUUACACUUUUUGAAUUGGACAAGCAGAAAUAAUAAAACAAUUAACAAACUAUAUGUGGUCCAUACUACCUAAGAUGCUUACUACCUGACUUUUUAGGUAGGUCAGUGUACUGAUCUUUGCAAAAGUCACUAUCAAAUUGUGUGAGCAGUUAGGCACAUGGUUUCUUUGUGCAUAUAGGCCAGCACUGCAACAGUCCUUUUGGGUUUGGGGUAUCUUGCUUGUCUGUCUCAGCACACAGUUGUCUUUGUGCAACAUUCUUGAUAGUGCUUCUAAGGAAGAAAGAUGAAUUGUGGAUAUAGCAUAUCUACUAGGAUCUAGUUUAAAGUACAGUCUUGAAAAAUACAAUCAUGAUUGUUAUGCAUCACAGUGAACUUGACUGGUAGAGACAUUCCACCAGCAGUGACACAUGCUGAUUUCCAGUGAACAUACAGUCUGAAGUAGUGCCUCUCUGAAAGCAUAGGAACUGGUAGUUUCAUACCCAUAGCCCUCCAUUUCUCUUCUGUACCUAGGAUAUGUGCAGAUUUACAAUUCUCAAGUUUGGUCAAUAUCUGUGAAUAUAAGUGGCUGAUCUUUGUGUGUUUGAAAACUGAGUCCAGGCCAUGCAUUUUUGUUGGCAUGGCCAGUGUGCCAAAGGCACCUCAUCUGUGCACCAGCAGCUUUAGGCAGAACAAGUCCAGGGCCCUCUUGGUCAGGCCUGAAGCAGCUCCUCCUUUGGGGAGUCAUUCUUGGUACCUUGCCUUUUCUCUCCCCUUCUGCCUAUGCCACUGGCCCCCUUCUGGGUGGCAUUUUCUCUGGGACACUCCCUCCCCUAAAGUGCUUCUCUGAAUGCAUACAUGUCAUAUGAGAAAAAUUUCUCUUCAUUGCUAGAUUCUCACAGUGUUUAGUGGACUGGGUCUAAAUGCCAUUCAGUGAUCACCUUUCCCCCACUCCAGUUGGUACCAUGGUGUACAUCUCGUGUUGUGUUGUAGUUAGAGCUGUAUGUAGUGUUCGGAAGCAUUUGUGGUAAAGACACUAUACGAAUAAGAUUUGCAUAAUUUUGUAUAUUUAUACCCCAGGUAGGGAUUAUUGCUAGAGCCGCUGUGUCGUAGGGUAAUUAAUUUCACUAGUGGCUUCUACGUUCUUAGUAGGUUCUAGGAGGCUGUGUCAGUGACUGGUUUCAAAUACAUAGAGUGCAUAUUUAUACACACCACUGUGGAGUUUAUUUUACUGUGUAAAUAGUGAUAUUUUCCUGUUCAAAUGCUUCUAUACAAAGUAUUUAUUUUAACAAAAUUAGUUAACUGUCAAAAGGGCUCUCCAAAAACUUCUUGCCAUCUGUUCUCCCAGCUCCCAUGCUCAGCUCUCAACCCCUAAACAUUACAGUAAAGGCAGGAGGCUGUAACCGGGAAACCCUUACUGUAUUUGGGUAAACACAGCGUAGAUCGGGAACUUUAAUGCUGCUCCCUCUGAUGCUCCAUCCCAGACCAAAGUGGGGCUUGAAGGGGUAUAACUUCGCUCAGCUCAGCAUCAGGGCUUCCCAUAGCAGCCCAACUCACACAUGAACCAUUGGUACAUACGUUCAGCUGUUCACUUCCAUGGCCUGUGCAGGAAUUGACCUUGGUUGUAGUCCCAGGACAAGCAGACUCAUGCCUAUGCAAUGAGGAGAAACCAAAACCACUGUGGUUACCAAUGUGAGCUUCUAGUCUGGGCUUUCAGAAUUCAUGAGAGUCAUCCUUUCACACAUCGAUAGGAGACACACGUCACCUUCUGCACAUUGAAAAAACUUGGGAACAUCUUGGCUUUCCUCCUCAUCCUUUCCCAUCAAGCAUCUGUGCAGAUGUGGUCCCAUUCCACCCAUCUAUAACCCAUGGUUCUAAAAUGUAUUCAACUUUACUUCUCAGGAGUCCUGGUCUGCAAUUCAGAGCACCCUAGAUGUCAUGAAACCAAUGCUUCAUGGUUAUGCAUGGCCCUUUUCCCUGUACCUCAUCCAUGGGCACCCCAUCUGUCACCAUGCUACUCUGCCAGGAUGGCUGGGUUGACCUGCAGCUCCAGGACUCUAGGGUGCUUGGAGACCAGGUAUGAAGGGAUUACUGUCAGCCAUUUGAACUGUAGUUUGCAUAUUUCCUAUGGCCUCCCUUUGUCUUUUCUAAACAAGGAAGGCACUUGAACAGCAAUGCUGGAGAAUGUUUUUCUAAGAUGCUGUUUGUAAGCAAAUCUGAUUUUGAGAUGAAAUGUGAAUGGAUAACUAGGUGCCAGGGAAUUUAGCACUGAACUAGACAGUCAAAACUUUUUUUAUCCUUUGCAGAAAGUAGAUUCUGUUGUCAUCUAAAUAUUCACAAGAUGUAAUGCUGUAAAUAGUUUUCUAAAAAUAUUUAUUACAUGUGCUGUAUGCAGACUCAUGUUCUGAGUGAUGUUGGUUUGCAUUGUAUUGUAGAAGAAUAUAUUUUGAGUGGUGGACUUCUUUCAUACUACAGUUCACUCAUGGAGAAAGAAACAAAACCAGCAGGUUGAGAGCUGUUUGGGGCAUUUGAUCUGUAAUGGACCAUCCAAUCCAAGCUUUAACUGCCCCCUCUUCUCAUCUGGUUGUGUUAUAUAUAUAUAUAUAUAUACAGGUGUACAGUAAAUUGGUCAGUGCCCGGGUCUGCAGAGCAGACUUCCAGGUGUUCUUUCUGAUGUGUUUCCAUAGCAAUACGACCCCAGGUGCUGACCAGUCCUGUUGUCUCAGAGGAUCGGGUUGGGGAACAGCUCUUGCGAAGCCUCUUGCCUUUCCUAAGAGGCUGCUUUACUUGAAUUGUUGCUUCUGUUUCUUCUGCACGCUCCCAUGUCUCAGAGCUGUAGCAGUGUGUGGGAACUCUCCUAGCACCAGACACAUCAAAAGUGGACACGCCAAUUGAAAGUUAGCGAUUUCCCAGAAACUUGUAGUUUCCAGAACAGAUGAGACAAAGCUCAUUUGGCCAUAGAAUAAAUGUAAGGAAUUUUUACCUGAGAAACAUGUGGCCUAUUUAUUAUAUUUCCCCCUGCUCUGACUCACCUUUAGAAGCCAGCCUAUGUCCUGCCUUCUGCCUCUAUGCCUCAGCUCAAGAUGUCCAUGGUCCCGAGAGUCUGCUUAGGCUCUUAGUGUGUCCAACUCUAUUGAGCAGCCUUUCUUGUGACCGUCCUAAACUUAAUGAAAAGGAAUACCCACACCCAGAUAACCAGUUAGAAGUGAUGUAGUUUUUUAGGCUUUUGGAAUAUGUCUCUCUUUUUUUAAUAUAUAUAUAUAUUUCUGAUGGUGUUUGGGAUUUUUCACUAGUGUUUUUUAGAUUGAAGUGGGUGCAUUAAGGUAAACUUUCCACUGCUGAGCCCAAAAGCGUGCAGAGGAAAGAACUUGCCCUGCAUUGUGUUGUUGGGGAGGUGACUACUUCUGGUGAGGGGUGGGGGGAGGGUCCUGUAGAUGAUAUGGAGGUGAAAUAGAAAUUCUGACCAGACAUUUCCUAAGUAAGUCUUUGAUAUUUUAUAAUGAAAAUCCCCACCUUAGCCUCGCUUAAUCUCAAUGUAAGCCUGCUGUUUACCCUCAGGGAACAAGUGGUUUUCACAAUUGAGCUCCUCCAAGGUCCUGGGCCAGUGCCUGCGGACGCUGGUCAUCUUUGUGAUCUCAUGGCAUUAUUUUCCCAUAUGCAUUAUGACAUGAAGAAGUUCAACCCCACCCUGUAUGAAAAGCACAGCCCAGUGCCCUUAUUUAGGCUAGUGUCAAGCCUUUGAGGGGCCUGGGGGUCCUAGGAGGCCCAUGCAAUUUAACUGAAGCUCAGGUGUGCAUUGGAUUUUGCUUCUAUUAGGCCACAACCCUUCAGAAUGAGUUUAGGGCAGGGGCUACAGACCCGGCUCCGGUUCAGGGAGCUGAGUCUCCACCGUUCUCAAGUUUUUCCUGGUCCCUCCUGGUGGUGUUGCCGAGGUCAAUCUUGUAGGUGUUUGGAUGUGCUCCUUUCUGCUGUCUUGUGAGUCUUAGCCAGUGCUCCGGCUGCCCAAGAGCGGGGCCUCUGGAGGGUGCAGCCCUCCCUGACCCCGGCACCUUCCAAACUAGUCAAGUGAGAAGAGUCUGCCUUUAGCCACCGGGCAGAGCAGCAUGUGCUCUUGGGGCUGGAUUUCACUGUUAGUGAGUGUAGGAAAAUACUGUGUCUUUAAUGGAUGAAAAUUCAAUGUAUGCUGUGAAUCUGUUGGUUUGAAACAUUGAAAAUUUUUCAUUAGACAAUGUUUACAUACCUCACCUGAAGAACCUUUGAGAGUGUAUAUAUGAAAUUUAAAAAUAUAUUAAGUUGCUUUAAAACAGUAUGUAUAGCUAUAAAAGUUGGAGUUAUUUUAACUUUGAGUAUGUACUAAGUCUUUUAAAUAUUGAAAUCUUGUAGACUUUUUGUGCUUCUGUGUUUUUGCUUUUCCUGUUGGACCACAUAGAUAACUGUGUUCUUGUUAUUAAUAAAGGGGCCCACACUGAAAUCCAAGCUUGGAAGGAUUUCCUGUGGUGGUUAAGAUUUUAUGGUUUGGUUUUGAGGUGAUGGGGUGUGGAGCUAGAGGACGAUGUGUGGGAGGGAUUACUCUAAUGUUGACAUCUAUUCUGUGAGCUUUUUCAAGGCGCUUAUUUUAUUGCAGCAUAUUAAACUUCUUUGAUAUUAAA